ACUUUUCCUUUUUACCCCCUAAACUGCAUCCCAUUUGGUCACCUCUUACAAAAUCUACCCAAAAACUACCUGAUAACCCACAUUUGGUUCCCUCUUAUAAAACUACAUAUUUGCUGUUUGAGUUUGCAACUACCCAAAACAGUGAUUCUCUCUACCACAACCCAACCCCAUCGAUGCAUCACUGCUGCUUCCUCUUUUCUUUUUCUUCAUCUUCUUCCCUAGAACCCACUCUUACCCUGCCUUCGCCGUCCUCCCAUCCCUGCUUCAACGCUUAUCUCCACGACCAUCCCCCCUCUCCUCCUGCAACUUCUUCUUCUUCAACCACCAUCACCCACCCCUGCACCCCCGUCCUCCAUCCUCCCCUGCCUUCUUGCCCCUCCCAUACUUGCUUCAAAGCCUUAGCCCAGCCGCACCCUCCUCUGACCCCGCGACCACCCUCGAGCUAUACCAAACAGUCGACAGGGCAGCCUAAAAGCCCGUUCAUAUUCCUAGUCCUCGCUCUCUCUCUCUUCCGUAACGCUGCACGUCUGCAGUAGUUCCCUGAAGGAAGAUUUGAACAACUUAUUUCUAACCCUUUGCGCACAAACAAUUGAAGGAUCGACAGAGCCUCCAACCAUGAGCAUUUUAGGGUUAUUUCAUUGUCUCACUUCAACCGUUAAAAGCCAUUCCUCUCUCCUUUCCCCUCAGACAGACUUCGUUGCCCCAGAAACAGAGACCAACUCUAAAUCUCUAAUGGCUUCUUCACAGAGAUCGAUGUCAACGACGACGAUGAUGUCGAGAAGAUAUAAAGUCCGUUCGAUCUUCGACAGAUUCGAUGCCAACGGUGACGGAGGCCUCAACCGCGACGAGAUGGGUGCCCUCGUCACCGCUGUCAACCCAAAAGUCAAGUUCAGCUCCGAUCAGAUCUCCGCCAUUCUUGACAAAGUUUUCCGAUCGUAUUCCUUUCUCAUUGAAAAUCCUUUAACUGGUCUCUCCUUCAAAGGCCUUCUUCGCAUCUAUGAAGACGGCGCUGGCUUUGUUGGCCACAUUGACAGGGAUUACUCAGCCCUCUUCCCUUCCUCUGAGGUCAUCUCCAAAAUCCCAAACUUUAGGGUUUCAGCUGCUUGGGCUAAGUCGCCCAACCAUGGUUUCAAAGUCGAAUUUGAUAAUACGUGGAAGCUUGUUGAGGAUCUGGAGAUAAUUAUCAGAAGAAAAAUUAAGUCUUUUACUCAUGGGUGUUCGGAUAUUAGUGUAGACUUUGAUAAGAAGUUCUUAUGGGAUGAGAAUUGUGCAGAUUACAGGAAAAUUUUAAAGGAAGUGAGGGAGAUUAGGGUUGCCAUUGAUCGGAAUUUGCAGAGGGAAGAGGCUUUUGAUGGGCAUAUGGCGAUUGGACGGACCCUGCAAUAUUAUAAUCUUCUUAUAGAGGCUCUGCAGAGCUUCCAGCGUGCGGCGGAUUUGAGCCCAAUUGAUGUUAGGCCGCAUUUCAUGUUAGGCAAUUGUUUAUACCAUCUGGGGAGAUUGAAUGAGGCUAAGGUUUGCUAUUUGUUGGUUCUGGAGUUGGGAGCUGAGACCAAUUCGAACAAGUGGGUGGGAUUGCUGCCAGAUCUACAUGUGAAUUUGGGGAUUGUUUUGGAAGGAGAAGGGAUGUUGCUUAGUGCUUGUGAGCAUUAUCGCGAGGCCGCGAUUCUGUGUCCAACACAUUAUGGGGUUUUGGGGCUCUUGGGGGGAGUGUUACUUAGAACAGGGGAGUAUGGGGAAGCAGAGAAGGUAUUAGAGAAGGCAGUGUUCUUGAACCCUGAAUACACUGAUGCCUAUUGUGAUCUUGGGUUGGUUCUUCGUGCAAUGGGGGAGGAUGAGAGAGCAAUUUUGGAGUUUCAGAGAGCCAUUGAUCUAAAUCCCAUCCAUUUGGAUGCUCUGUACAACCUUGGUUGCUUGUUUGAGGACAUGGGUCGGUAUCAUAGGGCUGCAGAGUUGUAUGGGAGAGUUGUGGGGAUUCAGCCAAACUAUUGGCAAGCUCAGAUGAACCGAGCAGUCUUACUUUGGAGAACAGGGAAAGGUGCGGAUGCAGGGAAAGUGUUGAGAGUGGUCCGAAAAAAGAUGACAAACAAGGAUGAGAUCUAUGAUGCAAGCAUACAAAUCAGAAUGCAGAUGAAUAAGAAAAAGAAAAAGAAAAAUCAAGGUAAAGCAACCAGCAAAUUCACAAGGGCAAGUGAGAAAACCACAAGGAGGGACUGUCUUGAUGAUGCCUUUCACAUCUGGGAUUUCCAGUGGAUCACUACACUUCAUCUGUGUGAUGUUUCUCUCCUAAAUAAGGAGGAGAUAGGUACUGGAUCUGAAGAAUGGGAAACAGAUCAGAAGUCAUUAAUAAGUAAGGCAGCAUUAGAGUUAAUUUUGAGGAAACUGCUUCACUUUCUAAAACCAGACGAUUUCCGGGGAACAAUUAAAGCAGUUAACGAACAAAUUUUGUCAGUCUUGGAUGCAACCAAUUCUGGGAGAGUCGACUUGGGCAUGUUCUAUGCUGUCAUUGCUCCCAUCUGUGCUGGGGAACCAAGGAAUCGCAAGCGUGCCGCCUUUGAUGCUCUAUUAUGGCGGCGCUCAAGGAGGAAGGAAGCUCAAGCUGAAUGUGUAAUAGGAAAGAUUGAUGCAUUAAUCUACAUAAGGUACUUGAGGCUCAUUUAUUUGAAUUUCCCUUCUCAAGGAUAUAGUACUGACCCAUUGGUAGCCCAUGAAGAAAAGGAUGAUGAGAAGACAAUGAUUUCAUUCCCUGAGUUCCUCCAAAUAUUUGAUGACAACAGACAGGGCUUUGGCAUCUUGAGCACUUUGGUGAAGCUUGAAACCAAUGGCAGGAUCAGUUAUGGUGAGCAUUCUUGUGAUUUCUCACUUCAGCCUCUGUUUGAAGUAGUGAAACGUAAGCUGAAGAUAUUUGGAGACCAUUAAUUAUGUGGAAAACCCUUUUGAGGAAACUUGACCAUCCAUCUCACUAGAUCUUCCAUUUCUUUAUCUCACAUAAGUUGUAAUCUACCACUCAGAUUCACUUUACUUGUCUAAAGAGACAGAAUCAUUAAGAAGGCUUAUCUGUUUAUAAAUUUAGAAUUGGAUCUUA